CUCCUACGCUCGCAGUGAAACGAACGGCUUUAAAAAGAGUGGCCUUCGUCACUCCGCCAGGCACAAAGAUAAAGGCAGUAGCUUAUGUAACUCUCUUUUAAAGGAGCCUGAUCCUUGCGCUCACCCCCUUCGUUUUGUGAGUUAGUGCUUUGUGUGGGGACCCAAUCAGCCGGAACCACCCACGCUGCGCUCCUGCAUCCUGCCCCUACUGUCUCGCGCCCUUGCUGGGCUCCAGUAUCACACAUGGCCAAUGAAUCGAGGCCCUGCCCAUGUGAUAUUGGAGACAGGUUUGACUAUGGAGGCCGUGGGCAGGAGGUGCAAGUUGAGCACAUCAAGGCCUAUGUCUGCAAACCUCCUGCUGGUGCCGACAAAGCAGUGAUUGUGAUCCACGAUAUAUUUGGAUGGCAACUCCCAAACACCAGAUACAUAGCUGAUAUGCUAACAACUAAUGGAUACAUAGCCAUCUGCCCAGAUUUUUUUGUGGGACAAGAAGCUUGGAAACCUUCUAAUGACUGGGCAUCUUUUGAUGACUGGCUGAAAACACGAGAUGCCGGCAAAAUAGACAAAGAAGUUGAUGUUGUCCUCAAGUAUCUAAAGGACCAAUGUGGUGCGAAGAAGAUUGGUGUCAUUGGCUUUUGCUGGGGUGGAGCAGCAGUGCAACAUCUGAUGCUGAAAAAUCCUCAUUUAAAGACUGGAGUGUCCCUCUAUGGAGUGAUCAGUCGUUUUGCAGACAAACACAGUUUGCUGCAUCCUACCUUCUUCAUUUUUGGGGAGAAGGAUGACAUCAUCCCAUUGGAGCAGGUCACAUUGCUGGAGCAGAAGCUUAAACAAAACUGUAAAGUUGAUUAUGAAGUUAAAAUUUACCCUGGACAGACACAUGGGUUUGUGCAUCGGAAAAGAGAAGAUAUCAAUCCUCAAGAUAAACCUUAUAUUGAGGAAGGAAGAAAGGAUAUGAUCAACUGGCUGAAUAAAUAUCUUUAGGUUAAAUUAAUGUCAACAAACAGAAUCAAUUGUCGUAGGAAAUGAGAAAAUAAUACAGACUAUAUUGCUUAAAAUGUUCUUACAACCAUAAAAAUAUUUUGUAUAACUCUUCUGCAAUAACACUACUUAUUUGCACUUACCUUCUAAGUAGGGGCUUAGAGAUGGCUUUUCAAAUGUUGAAAGCUAUAAAUGUAAAGAAGGUUUUUAACACUGGUCUUGUGUAUCUUAAAAUGAUUAGAAUAUCGUGUGGCAUAUUUCCUGGCACCUGAAAGUUUAGUUUUUUUAUGUCAAUGUCAACAUGAUUAAAAAUCAUUGAAACUCUGA